CUGAUGUCAACAAAAUGGUAUUUUUAGAAGAACACACCAUGGAAAGUUCAUUUAUUGUUUGGUGUUAAUUUUAUAGACUGUCAAUGAAACACAAGCUUCAAUAUUACAGCAAAGAUGUCCGGAAAACGGAAACCUGAUUUAAAGGUUAUUAUUAUGGGUGAUUUUGCUGUUGGUAAAUCAUCUCUAGUUUGUAGAUAUAUUGAAGAUGUCUUUAAAAAACAUGACACGACAAUAGGAGCUGCAUUCUUUUUAAAACAAUGGGGGCCAUAUAAUGUAGCUGUUUGGGACACAGCUGGAGAUGAAAGAUAUACAGGAUUAUCACAAUUUUAUUGUCGUAAUGCUGGUGCAGUCAUCUUAGCUUAUGAUGUCACUAAUCCACAAUCGUAUGAAUCUUUAUGGGCUCGCUUUUUGCCACUGGUUGAGUCAUCCACAGAGAAAUGUCUGAAAGUCGUCGUUGGAACUAAAAUCGAUCUUCUUGAAAAUGGUAAAAGGGACAUAACUAUAGAGGAAGGAAGAAAACUAGCACAGGAACUCAAUGAAGGACUAGAUCUAAGCAAAGUUGAAGGCGAUCCUUACUUUGAAACUUCAAGUAAAAAUGGCACAAAUGUACAAGAAGUUUUUGAAUAUAUGUUUCAGUAUUGUCUACCAUUGACUGGACAAAAGAGUACAGUAAGGAAAGACAUUGUGGACUUAUAUGAAACAGACACUAAUUCUCCUAGGGCUAAAAAGGCAUGCUGUUGAUUGCAGUUGAAUAUUUAUAACUUCAAGAGCCAGUUAUAUUUAAUAAGAUUAAUGCCACAUUCAAAUCAUGUUCUAACUUGAAGAACCAGUUAUAUUUAAUCAGAUUAAUGCUGAAUUCAAAUCAAGUUCUAUAUACUUUGAUUACAAACUGCAGACCGACUGAUGGACAGAUAGGCAGAUAUGGUGGCAAUAAUAUACUUCCAUAUAUGACAUGGGUGUAUAUAUAAAAAUACAUAGUGAUUAAACCCAAUUUAAAAGUUGGAAUAUGUGGUCAUAUAAAUAUGACAUGAUUUGAAUGCAGCAUUAAAUGAGAUGAUCUGUCUGUUUCUAUACUCAAAUCAAAAAUAGAUAAUGUCAGCAGGGAUUUUGAACAACUUGAAGAUGCAUUAUGUAAAAUCUAGAUAAAGACCUGAUAGUUCUCACUAUAAUAAUAGUUUAAAAAUAGAAUAUAAAAAAAUGUUAAUAAAUUGAAAAUUUCAGUCAAAUUACUUCAUUCUGAGCAAUGUUAUGACUGUUUGAAGAUACAGUUGUUACGUUAAUAAACAAAGUCUCAAUUAUCCAUUUUUAAAUGAAAUUAUUAAAUGGUGAUUGUAUUUCAAUCCAUUCAAAAUCACAACCAUCCAAUGGUCUAGAGCGUUGAAUAUGGGCUUGUCAUGUGAAUAAAUAUCUAAUUAAUGAUUUGUAUAACAUUUGAAACUAGAAAAAAGACCUGAAAUAGGCAGAUUUAGCUCUUACAUAAUGCAUCUUUAUAGACCUAUACAUACAGGUACAUCCCCUUAGGUAAAUAAUGCUUUAGUUCCAUUAUCAGAUGUCCCAAUAUGAAAAUACUUUAUUUUGAGUGAAGUUAUCAAUAGUUGUAGUUUCAACAAAAAAUGUGUGCAUGGAUCUUACCACCGUACUGAUCAUUCGAGUCUAAGCCUCGGUUUUCCAUUUUUAUACGCCCACAUUGAAAUGUGGACGUAUAUUGCCGUCGCCCCCAUCCGUCCGUCCAUCGUCCACAUUUUCUUGUGAACACUCUAACACCAAAAGUUGUCAUCCGAUCUUUCUGAAAUUUACAUGCAUUAUUUAAAUUAGUGAAACGAGGAAGCCUAUUGAAUGUCAACAAUUUCUGUUUAUUACGUCUAGAGUUAUGGCCCUUGUUUCACUUUAUUGAACCUUGUGAACGCUCUAACGCCAAAAGUUAUCAUUCGAUCUUUGUGAAAUUUAUAUGCAUUAUUUAAAUUACUGAAACGAAGAAGCCUAUUGAAUUUCGGCAAUUUCCGUUUAUUAUGUCUAGAGUUAUGGCCCUUGUUUCACUUUAUUGAUCCUUGUGAACGCUCUCACGUCAAAAGUUAUCAUCCGAUCUUUCUGAAAUUUAUAUGCAUUAUUUAGAUUGGCGAUUGCUGAAACGAAGAAGCCUAUUGAAUUUCAGCAAUUCCUGUUUAUUACGUCUAGAGUUAUGGCCCUUGUUUCACUUUAUCGAUCCUUGUGAACGCUCUAACGUCAAAAGUUAUCAUUCGAUCUUUCUGAAAUUAAUAUGCAUUAUUUAGGUUACUGAAACAAAGAAGUCUAUUGAAUUUCGGCAAUUUCCGUUUAUUACGUCUAGAGUUAUGGCCCUUGUUUCACUUUAUUGAUCCUUGUGAACGCUCUCACGUCAAAAGUUAUCAUCCGAUCUUUCUGAAAUUUAUAUGCAUUAUUUAGAUUGCUGAAACGAAGAAGCCUAUUGAAUUUCAGCAAUUCCCGUUUAUUACGUCUAGAGUUAUGGCCCUUGUUUCACUUUAUUGAUCCUUGUGAACGUUCUAACGCAAAAAGUUAUCACCCGAUCUUUGUGAAAUUUAUAUGCAUGAUUUAAAUUAGUGAAACGAAAAAGCCUAUUGAAUUUCAGCAAUUUACAAUAAUUACUUCUAGAGUUAUUUCUCUUGUUUCACUUUGUUAAACCUUGUUAAUGCUCGAUUGAUGAUAGUUAUCAUCCGAUGUGUAUGAAAUUUAUAUGCAUCGUUUAAAUUUGUGAAACAGGUCUAUUGAAUUUCAGCAAUUUCCGUCAAUAAUUUCUAGAGUUAUGGCGAUUGUGAACGUUUGAAUGACAAAUGUGAUAUGUAUGAAAUUUAUAUGCAUUAUUUAAAUUAGUAAAACGAAAAAGCCUGUCAAAUUUCAACAAUUUCUGUAGAUUACUUCCAGAGUUGAGACCCUUGUUUCAGUUUGUAGAACCUUGUAAACCCUCAAACGACAAAAUUUAUAAUCUGAUCUGUAUGGAACUGUCUUAAAGGCCCCCAAUUACCUACAAAGGAAUAAAUAUGCGACAACCCUUGACGACCACUCGGACGAUUUAGCUGCUGUGGGCGUAUGUUUUGUUGCCUGGCAACCUAUCUUUAAAUAAAAUCAUAAAAUGAACAAACUACUCUAAUCUACUUAAAAUUGGGGCCAUCUGAUAGCAUCGAAAGUUGAUUAUGGUCUUAUGUUAAUAAAUGUCUAAUUAAUAAUUUAUAUAACAUAAUUUAUAUAAGAUUUAGCUCUUACACAAUGCCUGUUUAAUAUAGUAGUUGUGAUCAUUGUCUAUCGAUUGUUAACAUAUAGAAAUAGGAGGACCAUCUCCAUUAAAUUAAGAUAUAUUAUAGAUAAACUAGUCUAUUUAAUGACUACAGUCCGAGUUCUUGAUGGCAGUUUGAAAAAAACAGAAAACAACCCACUUUGAUAUGGAAGAAAAAUGGAACUAAUAAAAAGUUUAAUAUGACCACAGAGAAGUAACUGUAUUUAAGAUGACAGUCAAAAAAGACUGUUAGAAUUUUCUGUUCUUAGUUGCUAUGGAUUCUUGUUUGUUUCAGUAAAGUUGGGUUAUUUUUUUUCUGAAAAAUUGUUGUGGUGCAUACCAACUUCAAAGCUAUAUUCCUUGGCUAUUUUUAAAGAUAAAUGUUACCAAUCAAUUUAAAGGGACAUUGAGUCUAUGAAAGCCAGUAAAGGGAAAUGGAGUCUAUGAAAGCCAGUAAAAUAUGUCGUCAUAAAUUGUCUUUUAAUCAUACUUAUUGUUGAAUAUGUAUAUGUAUAUGGCGGACAACAUAAGCUAGGUUUAACUGUAUGGAUGGUACUUGUAAUAUAUUUGAAUAAUGCCUCUUGUUUAUCUCUCUAUAAUGUCAAUUAUGUCAAUUGCCAAAUUCAAAGUGAUUAUUUGUUUGAACAAUGUUCAUAUUUUAAAGAUCUUUGAAUACAGAAUAUAAGCUCAUGUAUAGGUAUGGUUUUAUUUUAGUCAGAUCUUGUUACCAGUUCAUAUUAUUUACUGGGGGGUUGGAUGACCGAAUGCUUAGAACAUUGAGUCAACUGGCGUGGUUUCAAUUCCCCGGUUGUACAUGACAAGGAGUAGGGUUGCCUGUCCAGCCACAUGGGUUUUCUCUGGGUUCUCCAAUUUCCUCCCACUGCUAAAGACCCCUAGGUGCAAGCGAAUAAUUGAAACAAAAUUGAACCAUAUGUUAGUCCCGAAAUCCCUAGUUUGUGUCAAGUGAACAUUAAACCCCAUUUCUCUCUUAGUUCUGUUGGUGCAGAAAGUGAGACAUUAAACCCCAUUUCAUUUCAUUUAUAUAUAUCUAACUUUAUUAUAUAGAGAAUGGUAUACAUGUAUUUUUUAUACAAAAUAUACAGUAUCAACACAUGGCAAUAAUGCAAGUAAUAAGACUUAAAAGGAUUUUUACUCUAUCGACAAGUGUUAAUAUCAAAAGAGGAGUAUGAAUUUUAUUCCUCUACCAGUUAUGGGAUUUAUUAAUGUCGUUUUAGUUUAACUCGAUUUCUAAAAUAUUUUGAAAUAUAAAUGAAAGAAAUUGGUUCAGGUAGGCAAGGGAACUGCGCCAGGAAUGUUACCUCAAAAUUUUUUGUAGCAUAAUCUGGAUGAAAAGUGCUUUGAAAUCCAACUGUGGUGAUGGAUCUUGUAUACUAGGUAGAGUAUGCUUAGGCCUACCAGGACACUCAGUACCAAAUUGUUUCAUCUAACCAGAUUUUUUUCAAUAUAUUAAUAUGCUUUUAUUAUUUUAUUUCUCUCAUUUAUAUGUACUUGUACAUAUAGCUUAUUCAUGUGCCUUUGUUGAAGUUAACCAAACUUUUUGUUAAAUAUUUUUUGUGUAGUUUUUGCUUUGUUAAUUUUGAGUGCUUCCUUAUAUAACCAAAGGAGUGCUACAUAUAGUACGAUAUAGAAACAAAAAUCUAAUGCUUCAUAAAUUUAAACCACAAGGUCUGUCGUUGAGUCAAGUGUCUGCUUGUACAUGACAAGGAGUAGGGUUGCCUGACUAACCUCAUGGAUUUUCUCCAGGUCCUCCAGUUUCCUCCCACUGCUAAGGAAAUAAAAUGGAACCAUAUGUUAGUUAUGAAAUGACCUAGUUUGUGUCAAUUCGAUGUUAAACCCCAUUUCUAUCUCGCUUCUUAAUUUUGAUGCAUUCUGAAAAAUUCAAAAUUAACUGAAACUAAAGAUGAAGAUGACCAAUAAAGAUCAUAUUAGCAUUAAGACUGGAUAACAGAGAGAGAGAGAGAGAGAGUUUAACAUCCACGGCACAAAUUAGGUAAUUUUGGGACUAACAUAUGGUUCAUUUUUUUUUUAAUAUUUCGUCUGUGCAUAGGGUUCUUUAGCAGUGGGAGUGAACCGAACCGGGGGACCCAUAGAAGAGCCACGAGGUUGGACAGGCUACCCUAUUCCUUGUCACGUACAAGCAGGGAAUCGAAACCAUGUCACUUGACUUAAUGACAGACUGCAUGUGUUAACCAUUCGGCCGCUCAACCUCCUCUCCUGUGACAUUAUUUAAUGUAUCUAAAAUUUGUUCCACAAUUGAUUCUAGUAACUGUCAUCUAGAUCACAUUUUUAUGCAUAAAUUUCUUGCUCGCAUUAAUUUCUUGUUUUAUAUAUGUGUAUAUCAGCUAAUAAUUGCUUAUUUACUGGUUUGUUUCUUGUAAUAUCUUUGUAGUUUAUCUUGUAGUUUACUAUUAUUUACACCUGUAUUAACCUAUUUUUACUUACAGUUUUAUUUACAAUUGAAAAUAUCUUUAAAAACAUAUAAUGGUCAAUUGGAAUUAGAAAUGUAUUUGAAAUGUUUCAUUGCUCAUUGUGUAUUCGAAAUGUUUCAAUGCUCAAUUGUGUAUUCAAAAAGUUUCAAUGCUAUAUGGUGUAUUCAAAAUAUAUUAAGGCUUGAUCGUGUAUUCAAAAUAUAUUAAGGCUUGAUCGUGUAUUCAAAAUAUGUUAAGGCUUGAUCUUGUAUUCUAAAUGUCCUAAUGUUGAAUAUGGUAUUUCUAAAUGUUCAUAUACUUGAGUGUGUAUUGUAUAAAAAAUUUAAUGAUCAAUCGGGUAUUCAAAAUGUUCUAAUUCUCUAUUUGGUAUUCUAAAUGUUCUAAUACUUGAUUAUAUAGAUUGAGAGAAUUGUGUGUCCAGUAUAGUUUUACCAAUUGAAUGUGCAUGUAUUGUAUUUUAUUACUUGAAACAAUUCACAACAGAAUAGCCACUUUAUAUUGAAAUAAACAUUCCUAUGUCUGUGGAAUUUGCCACAAAUAGAGCUUUGUCACUGCUUUUGUUGUAUUAUAUUUUUAUAUCAUCAUCAUAUUAACAAUAAACUGUAUGUAGAUAUCCAUUUUUAUAUAAAAGUUAUUUUUUAACAAGA